CUUUCGGUUUCCCCCUCGGCCCAUGGCUCGGGAGGUGCUGGCCCUGGGCGAGCAGCUGGCGGCCGAGGCCACCUGCCCGGUGUGCCUGGAGCUGUUCUCGCGGCCCGUGCUCACCGAGUGCGGGCACAGCUUCUGCGAGCGCUGCCUGCGGGCCGUGCUGGGCUCCGGCCCCGCCGCCUGCCCGCAGUGCCGCGCCGCGCUGUCCCCGGGCUCGCUGCGCCCCGACCGCUCUCUGGGGGCCGUGGCGGGGCUGGCGGGGGCCCUGGAGGAGGCGGCGCGGCGGCCCCGCUGCCCCGAGCACGGCGAGCCCCUGGCGCUGUUCUGCGAGCCCUGCGCGGCCCCGCUGUGCGCGCUCUGCAUGGACGGGCCCGCGCACCGCCCGCACCGCGCCCGCGCCGCCGAGAGCGCUGCCCGGGAGCUGCGGGAGACACUCCAGAGCAACCUGGUUUUUCUGCAAAAAGCAAGGGAAGAAUUAAAGCCCAAAGGAGAGCCAAAAAGUGAUGAGCUGCUGCACACGGUGGCCUUGGAGGAAGAGAGGCUGCAGAACACCUUUGAGGAGCUGGAGAAGUUCCUGCAGGAGCAGAAGAGGGUCCUGCUGGCCCAGCUUGGCCCAGUGUCCCAGGAGCUCGUCAAGAGGCGCUCCGAACACAGCUCCCGUGUGGCAGAGAGGGAAUCGCUGCUGGACGCGCUGAUCGCGGACAUCGAGAAGAAACGGGACCAGCCGGAGGUGGAAUUCCUCAUGGAUGUUGGCAAAGUCCUGAGCAGCUGUGAGGCAGCCAAGGCCCCGAUCCCGGAGGCGGUUUCCCCGGAGCUGCAGAGGAGUGUUGAGACCCUCUCUGAGACGUGCCAGCUGGUCCUGGGCACAGUGGCCAAAUUCAAAGAAAACCUGCUGAGCAACAUAGACAGGGAAAGGGAGAAGGUGACGCUGGACCCGGAGACAGCGAGUCCUUUCCUGCUCCUCUCUGCAGACCACAGAACCCUGCGCCUCGCUGAGGGAUUCCAGAACCUCCCCAACACCCCCCGGAGAUUCACGGACAGCCCCAGCGUGCUGGGCUCCCGGGGGUUCACAUCCGGGAGGCAUUACUGGGAGCUGGAGGUCGGGAAGGGGCACAGCUGGGCCGUGGGGGUGGCCCUGGAGUCCGUGCAGAGGAAGGACUCGCUCAGCAUCGCCCUGGGCAAGAUCUGGGCCCUGCGGCUGGACUGGGAGGGCCGGUACACGGCGCUCCACGGGCUGCCCGCCCCGCUGGCACCGCAGGAGAAGCCCCGGAGGAUCAGGGUCCACCUGGACUACGAAGGGGGCCGAGUGACCUUCUACAACGCAGAGAACAUGGAGCAGAUCUUGCAGUUCGAGACCUCCUUCACCGAGAAGGUCUUCCCGUAUUUUUGGCUCUGGUCAGCAGAAACCUUCAUCCGCCUGUGUGACUGAUGGGUCGGGUGCCUCCCAGUGCCCUGCCGUGCCCCGGGCUGGCUGAGCAGGCAGGAAGCCUGCCAGUGACACAGCACCACAGCUCUGCCUGGGCUGGGUCUACUCUGCACCUCGCUGCAUCUCCUCCUUCUGAGUCCUUUGGAGCAUUAAAGGCGUGCUGUCCUGCCUGGGGGGUGUCUGCACGCUGGUGUCCCAUCUAGAUCCCAUGGUGGCAGUGUCCU